AAUUAAUUUAUAUAUAAAUAUAUAAAAAAUAAAGCAAAGUAAAGUAAAAAAAAAAUCGAAACUCCUAAAACGAGAAAUAGAAAAGGACGCGCUAUAUACAUAUACAUAUAUAUAUAUACAUAUACAUAAUAUUCUACCUCACAUCUAAUAUCAUCAUGGAUGAAGAAUCUAUUCUAUUUGGCAUCCGUAACUUGUUCACGCUCGGCAACUACCAGGCUGUUAUCAAUGAAGUGAGCACCCACAAGGGUCUCUACUCUCCUGAAUCAAAAUUAGAGGCCCAGGUGUACCUCUAUCGUUCCUAUGUUGCCCAGACCAAAUACAAUCUUGUCAUCAGUGACAUUGCUUCUGAUGCCGACGCACCCUUGAGAGCUAUUCGACUAUUGGCUAUUUAUCUGCAAGCCAAACAGAAGAAUACCCCCACAGACGCAGUAAAAGAUGCCCAGACUUUGUUGGAAGAGGGAGCCAACCGAGUGAAUGCAUUGGUUCAGGUAGCUGUGGCUACUUUAUAUGUCAACGAUGGACAGUUGGAAGAGGCUCUCAAGGUUUUGCAUUCUCGAAACAAGAAGUUGGAAUGUGCUCAGUUGGCAGUGCAGAUUUAUCUUCAGAUGGACCGAGUAGAUUUGGCAAGAAAUGAAGUUAAUCAGUGCAAGACCUGGGCAGAAGACGCACUCCAGCUGCAGAUGAUGGAGGCCUGGGUUGAUCUGCGAGUCGGAGGAGAGAAAUACCAGGAAGGAUUCUAUAUUUUUGAGGAAUUUGGCCAGUCUACCACUGCUCAGACAGUCAAGGUUCUUAAUGGUCAGGCAGCUACAAACCUUGCAUUGGGACGUUAUCCCGAAGCAGAGAGUGUAUUAUUGGAAGCUAUUGACAAGAACAACGAUGACGCUGAUACAUUGGUGAACAUGAUUGUGUGCGCCACUCUGACGUCUAAGACACCGGACGUUGUUCGUCGCUACGUUAGCCAACUUCGCGAAGUUGCACCUCUUCAUCCAUUCUUGCAAGAUCUUGACUUGAAAUCCAGUUUGUUUGAUCGUAGUGCUGCUCGUUUUGCUAUAGUAGAUUCUGCUUAAUAGAUUAAUUCUGAUUCUGAUUAUGAUGUUGAUAUUGCUAUUGCUAUUGCUAUUGAUGCUGAUGAUGAUACUAAUGCUGAUGCUGAUAUACACACGCAUACACAUAAGCACACAAGCACACAAAUAUAUAUGCAAUAGGUAUAUCCUCCAAGCUUUUAUUUCUAUAUUCUCUCUCUAUAUCUAUACAUAUCUUCUGGUUCUUU